CAUGUCACAGGAGAGCAGCUGGGCCCUGCGACCCCGCCACGGGUCUGACCUAGUUCUCUAAUUCCCAGCCUCGACUUUCUUAACCGAGGCUUCCUCUUUCCCCAGGCACCUAAGAAAGCCAAGAAGAGAGUAGAGGGCGGCAACUCCAACGUGUUCUCCAUGUUCGAACAGAGCCAGAUCCAGGAAUUUAAGGAGGCCUUCACCAUCAUGGACCAAAACAGGGACGGCUUCAUCGACAAGAACGACCUGAGGGACACAUUCGCGGCUCUGGGCCGUGUGAAUGUGAAAAAUGAAGAAAUUGAUGAGAUGCUCAAGGAGGCCCCGGGUCCAAUUAACUUCACCGUGUUCCUGACAAUGUUUGGGGAGAAACUUAAAGGGUCAGAUUCUGAGGAGACUAUUCUCAAUGCGUUCAAGGUGUUUGAUCCUGAAGGCAAAGGGUUGCUCAAGGCUAAUUACAUUCGGGACAUGCUGACCACCCAGGCAGAGAGGUUUUCCAAGGAGGAGGUUGAGCAGAUGUUUGCUGCGUUUCCCCCGGAUGUGACCGGCCACCUGGACUACAAGAACCUGGUGCACAUCAUCACCCACGGGGAGGAGAAGGACUGAGGGAGACCCUCCCCUCCCAGCCCAGGGCCCGCCUCGGUGAGGCAGGAGGGGGCGGGCCCUGCCUGCUCCUCACUCUGCCCGGUAACACCACCAUCUAGCAGCCGUGUGACUACCUCACGUCCUCACCUCCAUCUUCUUGACAGCCUGGGUGGUCAUACUCCCUGCAGAUGGAAACCCAUCGGGAGGCUGUGUUCAA